GAAUUCUUUCCAUUUUUCUAUAUGUUUGAAAAUUUUCAUAAUACAGUACUGGGGGAAGUCAUCACAGACAGAGAUUCAUACUCUUCUUUGCAGAGAAGUGUAGGUUAAUGGAAACUAUUGCUGAUUUUGCUGGGUGAACUCAGGCCAGUUACUCAGCUUCUUUAUUUUCAUCUGUAGAGCAGUUGUUGUUUAGACCUAAAUGAAAUGAUGAAUAUGAAAGCAUGAGUGUUUGACUAAUUAUAUACUAUGGCUCUAUGUGUUCUUGAUAAUCUUCUGUGUAACAUUAGCUCCAUUUUUCCUUCUUGCUUUUGGAAGUACAAAGCAAGUAACCAUUUCUUUAACAACUCCUGCCAAGACCCACUUCUUCUCAAAUAUUUGUGAAAGACUUAGAUUCUUCUUCCCUCUGAUUUCUAAGAGUAAAGAAUCACCCCGUCUUGUUAUAACUUUAAUACUUUUUCUUGUUUUACUUAUAGGCUAUUAAGAUCCCCCUUGGGGCAGUGGGAAUCUUUUCUGACUGUGGAAUAUUGGGCAGUAGCUUUGCCAUUGGCUGGUCAGGAAGGAGGAAGCAGAAUGUCUGCAUUGUUACACCAUAGAGUUCACACUGCAGAAGACUUGGGAUUAAGCAGUAUCAUUCACUCUGCAAAAGAUUAUGUCUUCACCUGUCCUCUCUGAUGGUCACAAAUUAAUGAAACACCUUUUAGGUCUUAUGAAUUCAGGUUGCACUGUUUUCCAGAUGUUCUGGCAGCUGGUACAGGACCUGUGAAAAAUGGAAGCAAACUCUCUGAGGACUAAAGUUCCAGCUUUCUUAUCGGACUUGGGGAAGGCCACACUGCGGGGAAUCAGAAAAUGUCCGCGAUGCGGCACAUACAAUGGCACACGGGGACUGAGCUGUAAGAACAAGACAUGUGGAACCAUAUUCCGCUAUGGUGCACGGAAGCAGCCUAGUGUGGAAGCUGUCAAAAUAAUCACAGGCUCCGAUCUGCAGGUCUACUCAGUGCGGCAAAGAGACCGGGGCCCAGAUUACCGAUGCUUUGUGGAGCUGGGUGUGUCGGAGACAACAAUCCAGACGGUGGACGGGACAAUCAUCACUCAGCUGAGCUCUGGACGAUGCUAUGUCCCCUCUUGCCUCAAAGCUGCCACCCAGGGUGUGGUGGAAAACCAGUGCCAGCACAUCAAGCUGGCAGUGAACUGCCAGGCAGAGGCCACCCCCCUGACCCUGAAGAGCUCGGUCCUGAAUGCAAUGCAGGUCUCCCCAGAAACCAAACAGACCAUCUGGCAGUUGGCCACGGAACCCACAGGUCCCCUGGUGCAGAGGAUUACUAAAAACAUUUUGGUGGUAAAAUGCAAGGCAAGCCAGAAGCAUAGUUUGGGGUAUUUGCAUGCCUCCUUUGUGCGGAAAAUCAGUGCCAAAAGUUUGCCUGAGCGCCGCUUCUUCUGCUCCUGCCAGACUCUGAAAUCGCACAAGUCAAAUGCCUCCAAGGACGAGGCAACCCAGAGAUGCAUUCAUUUCUUUGCAUGCAUCUGUGCCUUUGCCAGUGAUGAGACAUUGGCUCAAGAAUUCUCAGACUUCCUAAAUUUUGAUUCCAGCGGUCUUAAAGAGAUUAUUGUGCCCCAGUUAGGUUGCCAUUCAGAAUCGACAGUAUCAGCUUGUGAGUCUACUGCCUCGAAGCCAAAGAAGAGGAAAAAGGAUGAAAUAUCUGGUGCACAGACGAUCAGUUCACUCUUGCCUCAGGAUGCAGUGGGCAGUAACCCAAGGAAAAGUGGCCUGAAAAAGCCUGUGGUGGCUUCUUCAUUAAAAAGGCAGGCCUGCGGACAGCUGUUAGAUGAGGCACAAGUGACCUUAUCCUUCCAAGACUGGCUGGCCAGUGUCACAGAACGCAUCCACCAAACCAUGCACUAUCAAUUUGAUGGCAAACCUGAGCCCUUGGUGUUCCACAUUCCUCAGGCCUUUUUUGAUGCCCUGCAACAGAGAAUAUCUAUAGGAAGUGCAAAGAAACGGCUCCCCAACUCCACCACAGCUUUUGUUCGGAAAGAUGCCUUGCCACUGGGAACCUUUUCCAAGUAUACCUGGCAUAUCACUAAUAUCCUGCAAGUUAAACAAAUCUUAGAUACCCCAGAGAUGCCCUUGGAAAUCACCCGGAGCUUUAUCCAGAACCGAGAUGGGACUUAUGAGCUAUUUAAGUGUCCUAAAGUGGAAGUAGAGAGCAUAGCAGAGACCUAUGGUCGUAUAGAGAAGCAACCAGUGCUGCGGCCCUUGGAACUAAAAACUUUUCUCAAAGUUGGCAACACUUCCCCAGAUCAAAAGGAGCCAACACCUUUCAUCAUCGAGUGGAUCCCAGAUAUCCUUCCCCAAUCCAAGAUUGGCGAGCUGCGGAUCAAGUUUGAGUAUGGACACCAUCGGAAUGGGCAUGUGGCGGGGUUCCAAGAUCAGCGGUCGCCCCCAGACCAGCCCCUUGGAACUGGCACCCACUGACCACCAUCACUUUCCCCUGAGGCAGAACAGAAGUGUCUUUUAUUGCUAAAUUUGCACAUCCCCACCCCUUGACAACUUUAAAUACUAGUUAGACACUUAGAUGGCCCUGUUCCGUAGUGAAGAUGGACUUUCUCAAAGCAUUCAAGUGGGUUCUGUUGAAGAAAAGCUCUAGUAAAUAGCCUUUUUGGUGCCACUGUGUAUAGUCUUCAUUAUAACUUGGGCAAUAUUUCUGCUAAAGUUGUAGAAGGAAUAAAAAGGAAACCAGUUCUCUUUUCCUCUUU